AUGGCACCGCCGCCAGAAAUCGCCAUCCCUUCCACCAGCGUUUCCGACGAAGGCUCCAAGAAACCGUAUACACUGUACAACAUCACGCUUCGACUACCUCUGCGGUCUUUUGUCGUUCAGAAACGAUACUCCGAUUUUAACGAUCUUCACCAGACUCUCACGCAACAAGUUGGCGCUCCGCCACCCGAACCUCUACCUGCCAAGCACUGGCUGAAAUCGACUGUGAACUCAGUCGAGCUGACACGCGAUCGCCAAGUCGGACUUGAGAAAUACUUGCGCGGUAUUGCAGAGUCACCCGAUCGAAGAUGGCGCGAUACUUCAGCAUGGAGAACAUUCUUGAACCUGCCAAGCUCAAGCACAACAAACUCGGCGAUAUCAGCAGGCGGGAUGGUUAAGAGCACUGUCGCUGGCGCAGCUGACCCGGGUACAUGGCUCGAUAUCCACCGCGAUCUGAAGCAGAACCUUCACGAGGCUAGACAAUGUCUGUCGCGCCGAGACGCAGCUGUGGAUAGUGGCAACUCCACGGCUGCAGCAGAAGCAGGCGCAGCCGCCAAAAGGGUUCUUGUUCGAAGUGGAACAUUGAUCGCAACACUUGCAGAUGGAUUACGAAGAAUACAGGAGUCGGGCCGGUUGGGUGAAGGCGAGCUACGGCGUCGUCGGGACCUGGUUUCUCAAGCCCGGAUGGAACGAGAAGGUCUGGACAAACUCUCUAACAGCAUGUCCAGCUCAACAUCAGCCGCAGGACGGGGUGGAUUCAGUCAAGGCCAGGCGUCAGCAGCCGAUAAAGCUGGACUUCUCAAGGGAGGUCGUCCGGCCGGUCGUGUCCUAGGCGCUCCUUUACCAGAGACAGAUAAGACACGAGAACUGGACAACUCAGGAGUGCUUCAGCUACAAAAGCAAGAGAUGCAAAACCAGGAUCUUGCAGUUGAUCAGCUCACAGCAGUCAUUCGACGACAAAGGGAGAUGGGAGAAAGAAUUCACGAAGAGGUUGAAGACCAGAUCCGGAUGCUUGACGAACUAGACCAAGACACCGAUCGAACCGGCGCAAAGCUGAAGGUCGCCAACAACCGAAUCAAGAAGAUGUGA